AUGGUGACAGCUGCUGACUCGGUGACCCCGGACGCAAGCUUCACAAGCCCACUUCUCGCCAUCGAUGAGCAUUGCCGCGGUUAUUGGACAGGGAACAUGCGACGACGCGCAAUUGAGGAACUGAAAGAAAGAAUAUUAAAGGGUGGCGAUAGCCUGGGGAGAGUAAAUUGCCGUCAAGGCAGAUCCGUUGCACCUGUGCACGGCCGUCACACAAGCCAGCGGGACGAGCAACGCAGAGGUUCAGAGAAGAGCAACGGAAACCAAGCACAAGAAAUAAGAAUAGUCUAA